AUGGCUUUUUGUAAGGAAUGGAUGAAAAUAAGUGAUCAUUCAUUGCCCGAAUAUAGGGAGGGUGUUGAUGGUUUUUUAGACUUUGCAUUUUCCAGUAUUAUAGACGUUCAUGAUGCUGCGACCAUUAGAUGUCCUUGUGAUAAAUGUCGUAAUCUGAUUUUUAAAAAAAGGUGUGAUGUGAGGUUUGAUUUACUAAAGUGGGGAAUGUAUGAGAAUUAUACUACCUGGGAACUACAUGGGGAAAUUGUCGAUAAUCUUGAUGGUGGUCAGACAAUUCUUGAUAUUCCUGAUAUAGAAGGGGCAGGACAUGAUGACAGUGAAGUCAACAUGUUGGAGGAUGCUUUCGGGGUACCAGCCAUGUAUUUUGGGCUCAAUGAGGAAGAAGUCAAUGUGUUUAAUGAACAUCCUAGAGGAGAGGCAGCAAAGUUUUAUGAUUUGUUGAAAGCAUAUCAAGAGCCACUAAUAGUCGAAGGCACAACAAUGUCAAAAUUGUCUUAUAUUGUGAAAUUAUUACAUUUAAAAGUUUUAAACAAUUGGAGUGAUAGUUCUUUUGAUAGUUUGUUGAAGUUGCAACGCCAGGCUUGGGGAACUGUUAUUCCUGAUUCUUAUUAUGAGGCAAAAAAAUUGAUUGCUGAUUUGGGGCUUGAGUGUGUUAAAAUUGAUGCUUGUAAGAAUGAUUGUUUUUUGUACUGGAAAGAGAAUGCAAAUUUAGAUAAGUGUCCUACAUGUGAUUUCCCUAGGUUUAAAAAUGUUGAUAAAGGACCUUCAAAAGGAGUUAAAGUUCCACACAAGGUGUUACGAUACUUUCCAUUGAAAUCUAGGUUACAAAGGUUGUACAUGUCUAGAAAAACAGCUAAGGAUAUGUUGUGGCAUAAAAUUGAAAGGGUGGAUAAGAAAGGGGAAAUGAGUCAUCCUGCUGAUUCUCCUGCAUGGAAAUUUAUUGAUAAAGAGUAUACUUCAUUUGCUAGUGAUCCUCGAAAUGUAAGACUUGGACUAGCUUGUGAUGGUUUUCAACCUUUUGAUAAUUCAACACAUAGUAUUUGGCCGGUUGUUCUGAUUCCGUACAAUUUGCCUCCUUGGUUAUGCAUGAAACCUCAUUCUUUUCUUUUAUCUUUACUUAUACCUGGUCCCACAAGUCCUGGUCGAAGCAUUGAUGUAUAUCUUCAACCUUUAAUUGAAGAGCUAAAGGAGCUUUGGGAAAUUGGGGUAGAAACAUAUGAUGCUCACUCAAAGCAAAAUUUUAAUAUGCGUGCAAUGUUGUUAUGGACGAUCAGUGACUUUCCUGCUUAUGCUGAUUUGUCGGGUUGGUCAACUAAAGGUGGAUAUGCGUGUCCUUCUUGUCACAAGCACACUCACCGUACUUCACUAAUGAGUAAAGGUGGCUAUUUGCGUCAUCGUCGUUGGUUACCCUCUAAUCAUAAAUGGAGGAUAGAUAGAAAAUCAUUUGAUAACACAAGGGAAAAAGAUAGUGCACCGGUUCCGUUGACUGGGGAUGAAAUUUUGAACUAUUUUAACAAUUUUGAGCCAGAAAAAUUUGGAAAGGUUGCUGGAAAAAAAAGAAAGCGAGAUGCCUUAAAUAGCUUGUAUGGUUGGAACAAGAAAAGCAUUUUUUUCCAACUGCCUUAUUGGAAGAAGCUACUAAUACGACAUAAUUUAGAUGUCAUGCAUAUCGAAAAAAACGUGUCUGAUAAUAUAUUAAGUACAUUAAUGAAUAUCAAAGGAAAGACUAAAGACACAAUAAAGGCCCGUAUUGAUUUGAUGAAUAUGGGCAUUCGAGCCGACCUCCAUCCUAUUUUAGAGGGAGACAAAGUGCGUGUUCCUUUAGCAUCUUACACUUUAAACUCAACUGCUAAGGCUGCAAUUUGUGAGAUGUUUGCAACUAUGAAGUCUCCUGAUGGAUAUUUGUCGAACAUUUCAAGGUGUGUAAGGGACAGUGGUAAAAAAAUCUCGGGUUUGAAAAGUCAUGAUCAUCAUGUUUUUAUUCAGCAGCUUCUUCCUCUUGCAACUCGUGGUUUUUUGCCCAACAAUGUUUAUGAGCCUUUGGUUGAGUUAAGCUCCUAUUUCCGUAAUCUGUGCUCCAAAAAAUUAACAACAAAGCAACUUGAUGACCUUGAAGCUCAAAUCCCUUACACAUUGUGCAAGCUUGAGAUGGUUUUUCCACCGGCAUUUUUUUGA